CAGUCGCAGAACAGCUUCCCCACACUUCAAGCUUCCUCCAUUCACCCUUCUCGUUACUUACCAUUAAUUCUUCUGGAGUUCAAAAAGAGAAAGAAAAAAGUUAUAGGUUACGAGUUUUGUAGGAAACAUGCCGCCACGCCUGCCACUCGCAUCUACGCUGCGACAGCGUCCUGUCUUGUCCGUUCGCGUCACAGUCACAAGAUUCAGCACCAGUACCGAUGAUGCCGUGAUCAAGACCCAGCAGGUCCCCGCUCCUGGCUCCGGGAAUAUUCGAGUCCUACUUCUGAACAGACCCAAAGCCCGGAAUGCAAUUUCGAAGAGUCUUUUGGACAAUCUGGCUCAGCACGUUAAAUCGAUAUCUGCCGAAGGAGGCGCCGGCCCUACGAGAGCCUUGGUCAUUGCGAGCAAUGCGGACGCGGCAUUUUGUGCGGGCGCAGACUUGAAAGAACGAGUAAACAUGACUAAGGAAGAGACCAAUGAGUUCCUAACGAAGCUACGGAGCACAUUCCGUGAUCUUGCCGGGCUACCCAUACCCACAAUUUCCGCGGUCUCUUCCACGGCGCUGGGAGGCGGGCUAGAACUUGCCUUAUGUACUCACCUCCGUGUCUUUGGCUCAUCAAGUAUUGUUGGGCUGCCGGAGACCCGACUGGCUAUCAUCCCUGGGGCGGGAGGUACAUACCGCCUACCGGGUGUCAUCGGGGUGAACCGUGCCCGAGACCUCAUUCUCACAGGACGACGCGUGUCGGGUCCCGAAUCAUACUUCAUCGGGCUCUGCGAUCGCCUGGUCGAAAUCCUCCCGGAAGAGGAGCAAAAGGAAGGCGUUGCACGCGAUAAGGUGCUGCGGGAGAGCAUUAAACUUGCCCUCGAUAUCUGUGAAGGUGGACCUAUCGCCAUCAAACAGGCGCUCCAGGCUGUGAAUGGAUUUCAGAAAGGUGAGGCGGCAGAGAAUGAGGCUUAUGCGGGCGUGAUUGAGACAGAAGAUCGCUAUGAGGCUUUGCGGGCCUUUGCAGAAAAGAGGAAGCCUGCUUUCCGGGGACGGUGAGCGUGUCAAGUGUAUAUGUACGAAAGCAAAAGCGAAAUAAUCCUCGUUACUGUAGCCCGAGUAAUUUUAUCCUGUUGCGCAAUACCAUUUAUACUCACUAUACUCGUG